GCCGCAAUGCAUUCUGGGCCUCGGCAAAAUGGCUGCCUCCUUGGUGCGCUGCUGCUGAGGGGAGUUGGGCUGUCCGGCAACCCGGGACGUUUUACUUUUAAGCUUCACGAACCCCGCUGUCUUGGGGACUUUUCUUCACGCGAAGAGGAGCCAUCAGCUGUCCCGAGACGGGGGACACGAUGGGACCAAGUGGGCGCCCGUCGCGGCAGCCGGGCACAGGGCAAGUACCUCCACGGGGGUAGGACGUUCCUUCUCGGCCACCGGAGACCAUAAGCUCUCGGAAACAGGCCCAGUCCCUACUCCUGAGCCCGACUGCACCGCCAAGGGCUGGACUUUGUCGUGAGUGAGCCCCCUUUGCCCUGCAUCCUCUCCGAGGACAGGGAUAGCCGCGCCUGGAGCAGAGGCGACUUCGGCUAAAGCUGCAAGCUCCAUCUUUGCUUCCUAUUAUUUUGUCUGUAAUAGGACAGACAUCCCGACCCCACGUUCUUAAGGUACAGGGUACCACGUUGUAAGCCUAUCCCGCUCUGACGGUUCCCUUCUGGCAAGAAUCCUGUGCUAGUAAUCUCCAUAUUUGAAUCCAAAUUAGACCUGCUGAAACUCUGUACAUCCCCCUGCAAAUGUUGCCUUAACGAGGACUUAGAUGAACAGCAGUUCCCAUAAAGAACUUCCACUGUUGCUAGAGAUAAAAAAGGUUCCUAAUCUGAUUCUCCACCCUGGAUAAGAACUUUUGUCACUCAACGUCUCUUACAUUGCCUGCAGUCUUUUUGUGUGGUAUAAGGUGUCACCUUUAACCUAAACAAGACUACCAAACAUCCUGCAACUAUAGUAGUAUUUGCAUCUUGCCCAUUGAUUUACAAUGUUUAGAUCACUUGGCUAGAUUCCCAAUCUUACGUCACAUUCUUCUACUGAAAAUAGUUCUAUGCCCAUCUUCUAAAACUUUAUUCUGAAUGAAUAUUCAUUGAUAUCAUUUCUGCUGGGUUAUGUCAUAAUUUCUGUUGCAACCAAGAACCACAUAUCUCCCUAAUUCUGAGAUAACGGUGACAGUGAACUAUAUCUUAUUCCUGAAGAAGGCAACAACAACAACAAAGGAUUUACAUACAUAUCUCUGACCCAUGAAGCUAGAGGGUGAUAAUCCAUUUGCUAUCAGAUACUGUUAGUUGUCCCUGGUUUAGGGGUUGCAGCACUCCUUAAAUUUUCUCAACCCAGACAGGAAACCCCCAGUUGCUGAGCAGGGAAUAUUGCAACACUCUCUGGAACAGUAGCACUUGCAAAUCCACUUUGAACACAGCUCCUUCCCUGCAAACAGCUCCUUCCCAGGAAACAUCUUCUGGGAACAAGACUUGCCAGAUUCCUUUGUCCUUCCAACUACUUUUUUCUGGACAUUGUGUUGGAGUGGAGGUUUCUGAUCCCUGGUUACAUUAGUUCCUUUUCUUCUGAUGGAGUCUGACAUGCUGCAGUCCCCCCUCCUAGGGCUUGGGGAGGAAGAUGAAUCGGACAUGACUGACUGGAAUCUGCCCUUGGCCUUCAUGAAGAAGAGGCACUGUGAGAAAAUUGAGGGCUCCAAGUCACUGGCUCAGAGUUGGCGGAUGAAAGACCGGAUGAAGACGGUUAGUGUUGCCUUAGUGUUGUGUCUAAAUGUCGGAGUGGACCCUCCUGAUGUGGUGAAGACAACUCCAUGUGCCCGUCUUGAGUGCUGGAUAGAUCCUCUGUCAAUGGGGCCACAGAAAGCUUUGGAAACUAUUGGUGCAAAUCUGCAGAAACAGUAUGAAAACUGGCAACCAAGGGCCCGAUACAAGCAGAGUCUUGAUCCUACAGUGGAUGAAGUUAAAAAGCUAUGCACCUCAUUGCGUCGAAAUGCCAAGGAAGAGAGAGUUCUCUUCCACUACAAUGGGCAUGGUGUCCCCAGACCAACAGUAAAUGGAGAAAUAUGGGUCUUCAACAAGAACUAUACGCAGUACAUCCCUUUAUCCAUAUAUGAUCUACAGACAUGGAUGGGCAGUCCCUCUAUCUUCGUGUAUGAUUGCUCAAACGCUGGCCUUAUUGUCAAAUCUUUCAAACAGUUUGCCCUGCAGAGGGAGCAGGAGCUGGAGGUGGCUGCAAUUAACCCUAACCAUCCACUGGCUCAGAUGCCCUUGCCUCCUUCAAUGAAAAAUUGCAUUCAACUGGCAGCAUGUGAAGCCAGUGAGUUGUUACCGAUGAUCCCUGACCUGCCAGCUGACCUGUUCACAUCCUGUCUUACUACGCCAAUCAAGAUUGCACUGAGAUGGUUUUCCAUGCAGAAGAGUGUGAGACUGGUACCGGGAGUCACGCUGGAUUUAAUAGAGAAAAUUCCUGGGAGGCUCAAUGACAGAAGAACGCCUCUGGGAGAAUUGAAUUGGAUCUUUACAGCCAUCACAGAUACAAUUGCAUGGAACGUCCUACCCAGAGAUCUUUUCCAAAAGCUCUUCAGGCAGGAUCUACUGGUGGCAAGCCUCUUUCGAAACUUUUUAUUGGCAGAAAGGAUAAUGAGGUCUUACAAUUGCACACCUGUCAGCAGCCCUCGUCUACCUCCGACUUACAUGCAUGCUAUGUGGCAAGCUUGGGACCUCGCUGUGGAUAUCUGCCUUUCUCAGUUGCCCACCAUUAUAGAGGAAGGAACUGCAUUCAGGCACAGCCCGUUCUUUGCUGAGCAGCUAACAGCGUUUCAGGUAUGGCUAACGAUGGGAGUAGAAAACCGCAAUCCACCAGAACAGCUUCCCAUUGUGCUGCAGGUGCUGUUAAGUCAAGUGCAUCGGUUGCGAGCUCUUGAUUUACUGGGACGAUUUUUGGACCUAGGUCCCUGGGCUGUUAGCCUGGCUCUGUCUGUUGGCAUUUUCCCUUAUGUGCUAAAGCUUCUCCAGAGUUCUGCUCGAGAGCUAAGACCUCUUCUGGUCUUCAUCUGGGCCAAAAUCCUUGCAGUAGACAGUUCAUGCCAAGCCGACCUUGUGAAGGACAAUGGUCACAAAUAUUUCCUUUCUGUUUUGGCAGAUCCCUACAUGCCGGCUGAACAUAGGACGAUGACAGCUUUUAUCCUGGCAGUGAUUGUCAACAACUACAAUACCGGGCAGGAAGCCUGUCUUCAAGGGAACUUGAUUGCCAUUUGCCUGGAGCAGCUCAAUGAUCCACAUCCUCUUCUGCGCCAAUGGGUGGCUAUUUGCUUGGGGCGAAUUUGGCAGAAUUUUGACUCUGCAAGGUGGUGCGGUGUGAGGGACAGUGCCCAUGAAAAGCUCUACAGCCUUCUCUCUGAUCCAAUCCCAGAGGUUCGCUGUGCUGCAGUCUUUGCCCUUGGCACCUUUGUAGGCAAUUCGGCUGAGCGGACAGAUCAUUCUACCACUAUUGAUCACAACGUUGCCAUGAUGCUGGCUCAGCUCAUCAAUGAUGGAAGUCCCAUGGUCCGAAAGGAGUUGGUGGUUGCACUGAGUCACCUUGUGGUCCAGUAUGAAAGCAAUUUCUGCACUGUUGCCUUGCAGUUUAUGGAAGAAGAAAAGAACUAUGCACUGCCAUCACCAGCUGCUCCAGAAGGUGGAAGCCUGACUCCAGUGCGAGACAGUCCCUGCACACCAAAACUCCGUUCUGUCAGCUCCUAUGGGAAUAUAAGAGCAGUCACGACAGUAAGGAAUUUGAAUAAGUCUCUGCAGAAUCUCAGUUUGAAUGAAGAAUCUGGGAGCUCUGUUGCCUUUUCCCCUGGGAACUUGAGCACCAGCAGCAGUGCCAGUAGCACCUUGGGCAGCCCUGAGAACGAAGAGUAUAUCCUGUCUUUUGAGACCAUUGACAAGAUGAGAAGAGUCAGCUCCUACUCUUCACUGAAUUCACUGAUAGGAGUUUCUUUCAACAGUGUUUACACACAGAUUUGGAGAGUCCUCUUACACUUGGCUGCUGACCCAUACCCAGAUGUUUCAGACUUGGCUAUGAAAGUGCUCAACAGCAUUGCUUACAAGGCGACGGUAAAUGCCCGCCCCCAGCGCAUCCUUGAUACUUCUUCCCUCACACAGUCUGCCCCAGCCAGUCCUACCAACAAGGGCAUGCACAUACACCAAGUGGGAGGAUCUCCACCAACCACCAGCACCAGUAGCUCCAGCUUGACUAAUGAUGUGACAAAGCAGCCGGUCAACCGGGACCUGUCAUCUGUAAGACCUGCAAAUGUGGGCAACAUGGGGGUGCAAUACACUCCCCACUCCCACCAGUUUCCUAGGACAAGGAAAAUGUUUGACAAGGGCCCAGAUCAGACAGCUGAUGAUGCCGAUGAUACUGUGGGGCAUAAAAACUUCAUGUCAGCAACAAUGCAGACGGGGUUUUGUGACUGGAGUGCCAAGUAUUUUGCUCAACCAGUGAUGAAGAUUCCAGAAGAACAUGAUUUGGAGAGCCAGGUCCGCAAAGAAAGGGAGUGGCGGUUUCUGCGCAAUGCCAGAGUCCGAAAGCAGGCACAGAAAAUCAUCCAAAAAGGUAUUUCACGACUAGAUGAUCAAAUCUUCCUGAACAGGAACCCUGGCAUGCCGUCAGUGGUCAAGUUUCAUCCAUUCACCCCGUGUAUAGCGGUGGCUGACAAGGACAGCAUCUGUUUUUGGGAUUGGGAAAAGGGAGAAAAGCUGGACUAUUUUCACAAUGGGAACCCACGCUACACAAGGAUCACUGCCAUGGAAUAUCUGAAUGGACAAGACUGUUCUCUGCUCCUGACUGCUACAGAUGAUGGUGCUAUAAGGGUGUGGAAAAACUUUGCUGACCUGGAGAAGAAUCCAGAGAUGGUAACGGCCUGGCAGGGCUUGUCAGACAUGCUACCAACAACACGCGGUCUGGCCCGAAGGGUUUCAAUCUAUCUUGACAGAAGUAAACAGGGAGGAGCAGGGAUGGUCGUGGACUGGGAACAGGAAACUGGCCUUCUCAUGACUUCUGGAGAUGUACGGAUUAUAAGAAUCUGGGAUACAGACCGAGAAAUGAAAGUUCAGGAUAUUCCCACAGGGGCUGACAGCUGUGUCACCAGCCUGUCCUGUGACUCGCAUCGUUCGCUCAUUGUAGCAGGGCUUGGUGAUGGUUCGGUUCGUGUUUAUGACCGGCGGAUGGCUCUGAGCGAAUGCCGAGUGAUGACCUAUCGAGAGCACACAGCCUGGGUGGUGAAAGCGUAUUUGCAGAAACAUCCUGAAGGCAACAUCAUGAGUGUCAGUGUUAAUGGAGAUGUCCGUUUCUUUGACCCAAGGAUGCCAGAAUCAGUGAAGGUCCUGCAGAUAGUAAAAGGACUGACAGCUCUGGACAUCCACCCACAAGCCAACCUGUUUGCUUGUGGCUCUAUGAAUCAAUUCACUGCAAUCUACAAUGGGAAUGGUGAGCUGAUCAACAAUAUCAAGUACUACGAUGGAUUCAUGGGCCAGCGAGUGGGUGCCAUCAGCUGCCUAGCCUUCCAUCCACACUGGCCUCACCUGGCAGUUGGAAGCAAUGACUACUACAUCUCUGUGUACUCGGUGGAGAAGCGAAUCAGAUAACAGUGUGUGUGGCUGCUCUGUCAAGAGCAGGACAUCUUCUGGCAGGUGGGACCGUGUCUCACUCAUGGUGUACAUAGUGAAACUAUCGACUUGAAUGUUUAGUGUUGGCUGCUGCUGCUGCUGUGCAACCCCCCCGUAACUUGAACACUUUCCCCCUCCUGAUUUAGCUACUGAUGAUUUUGAGUCAGAGGGGAGGGGAGAGAAGCAGCCUCUUGCUUUUCUUCCGAGCCAGAACCUUCAGGAGCAGCAGAAAACGAGUAUAUAUAUUCUCACCGGGUUUCACCACCACUGCCCAUGACUGCUUCUCUGGUUGCUUGGCGUUAUGGCUCCUACAAACUAAGAGGAGGAUUCCUUCCUAGAACAGGGGUGGGUUUUCCUUUGAAUCAGGAAUUAAUUCAGGACUCACCUAGUGUUCUACAUACUCUACCUAGAACGUCUGUGGCUGCUACCUAUUUUGUGCCAAGUGCUGGCCCUGGCAGUCGCAUGCUAGCAGGCUGCCGGUCUUGGAUAGUUCUGUGUGUAUCUUACUACUCUAUAUGCCACCGGCCACCUUCUUUUGCAUUUACUGUUCCACUGGUAAAAGACGAAAGGAAAGCCCUAAGGAAGAGAGAGUCUCUCGGUGCUGCUGAAAAUACUACAGAGUUGGCUGCCACUACGGAAGGGAAAGCAGGAAAUUUGCCCCCACUUCCUGGGUGUCUGUUGGGGAAAUUGGAGUGACACAUUUGAGAAGCUGUGUGACAGGACAGGAGACCUUCCCCUCUGAUGUCCAUUCAAUCUAUAAGUUGUUCCAGCCAUCCUCUAACUCCUUUUGCUCACAGCAGAACCCCAUAAGCACAAGAAAUGGCCUGCUACCUCCUCAUAGAGAGCAAGUUCACUUAUCAUUGUACCACUGCCUUAAAUCCUACCCCCCUCCUGUUAUCCCUUUGCAAGAAGUGCUAUUAUUCAGCUUGGUAAUGGAUGCAGAUAUUGCAGCACACAUACAGAACAGGCCUGUGCAGAAGGUCCCUCCUCCCAUUCACCCCUCCCCCCCCAUUUCAGGCACUUGCCCCCUAGACUGAACACGGGGGAAGCUAUAUGUAUACCUGGCACCCUGUGAUUGUAUGCAUGGUGUGCUGCCUGCAAGAGAACUACUGAUGUUCCCGCUCUCUAGAGAAUGCUGGUUCCAUCUCACAUGCCACCCAUCUCCCAUACAAUAAAGACUUCAGUCUCUUCAGUGUCCAGGGGAAGAGAAUCCCAGUUAAAUGGCUGCCUGAGUAGGGACACAAAGACAAGAAGGCCCCUUUGCAUUAUGUUGUGCCAGCAUUGUGCAGCUAUUGGCACUGGCUCCAAAAUCAGUUGUCUACAAAGCUGUGGAGAGGCAUGGAAUUCUGUCGUCUUGCCAAUAAUUUUGUCACUUGUGAUAGCAUUAAGAAUAGAGAUAGCAUCCAGUUCAUCUUGCAUUGUGGAUGUCAGCUUUUCCUUGCUUGCAAAAUCCAUCUCCUGGCUCUCACUAUGAAGCCUGCUAUAUGUCCCCCCCCCCUUCUUCCCCACCUUCUAGGCUGAGAGCCACCAUGUAAGAUACUAGGCAGAGGCCAAGGGAGGAUUGCUCAUAUAGCUAGAAACCUAUACUGAAAGCUGCCAAAAUUAAAUGAUGGGAAUAAACCCAAGAGGUGACUUGACACAUUAGUUUGCUGAUCCCCAGUGUCAGUUGUGCUGAGAUGCCACAGCCUUGGCCCCAUUGCCGUGCCUGUCCCUCUGUAAGUGGCAAUGAACUCAGGGAAGGGCAGAUAGUUGAUGGAUUUUGCUAACAAGCAUCAAGCCAGAGUCUGAAAUCCAUGUAUAACUGACUUAACCUACGCGAUUAAAAGCAAAUGAGAAUAUGAUGAUGACGAUUAUUUUUUGUAAUGUAUAUCCUAUAUAUUUUGUUUCAAGAACAAGAUCCCUUGUGCUUCCCCCCUCAGUUUGCACAGCCAGGACUAUGGUUGUGGUGGUCUUUUUCUGUUUUAAUCUGUCAGCUUCCAUCCAAAUUGGGGGGGGGGGGAGCUGUGUUUUUUCACAGGUCUGAUGUGGAGAUCCAAUCAUGAAGUUUAACCAAGGCUCCAGAAAGUAAUCUACCUAUAUGGUUCACUUAUCUCUUUAUUUAUUUUCCAAAAGCAAAAUUUAAAGGAAAAAAAGUAUAUAUACAUUUAAUAAUAAACCACCACAAGAUUGUACUGUGAGAGUAAAACAAUUAAUGAAAUAAAUGGUUAAUAAAAUGUAAAUGCCGUAA